UGGUGCGCGCGCACCUGACACCUGUCACACUGUGACGAGUUGCAGGCUCUUCUGAUGCACGAGAGCAGCAGAGCGGAUCUUCACGAGCGCGGGGAAACACACACACACAGAUCACCGAAGCUGGAUCAAGCCGUCCGAAACCCUCCAAACUUCCACUGGGCCGGGCCAGCAGGCCAGCAACCCCCGAUCUGGACCGAUGUGCUGGCCGAGAUGUCUCGACACAUUUAUAUUAGGAAUAAGAUCGGCGAGGGAAUCCAAGCGCCUAUAUUUCAGGUGAACAGGGGAACAUAUUCAAGGCGCAGUCGACUGAAGAGGUCUGAUGGCAGCACCACCUCCACCAGUUUUAUCCUGAGACAGGGUUCAGCUGAUUCCUACACUAGCAGGCCGUCUGAUUCAGAUGUGUCGUUGGAGGAGGAGAGGCCGGAGGGGGGUAGUCAGGGCCGGCAGGAGCAAGAACAACAGGCUACACUGCAGCUGGAGAGGGCAAAGGUCAGGACAGAUACAAAUCACACUUACUAUGGUGCGCUGGAUGAAGACGUGCCUGCGCCAGGAACUGCCAUCUCAUUUGAUGCAAAAGACUUCCUGCACAUCAAAGAGAAGUUUAAUAAUGACUGGUGGAUUGGGAGGCUGGUGAAAGAAGGCUGUGAGAUUGGUUUUAUCCCCAGUCCUCUGAAGCUGGAGAAUAUCAGAGCACAGCUGGAACUGAAGAAAAGCCGUGUACAAGGUAAGUCCAGUGGAAGCUCCUCCUCUAGUUUGGGGGAUGUGAUGUCAUCAGGCAAGCAGAAACAGAAAGUGACUGAACAUGUGGCUCCCUAUGAUGUUGUGCCUUCCAUGAGGCCUGUGGUGCUGGUUGGUCCAUCGCUGAAAGGAUAUGAGGUCACCGAUAUGAUGCAGAAAGCUCUUUUUGACUUCUUGAAACACCGGUUUGAUGGCAGGAUAACUAUCACGCGUGUGACUGCAGAUAUCUCACUGGCAAAGAGAUCAGUGCUUAACAAUCCCAGCAAGAGAGCCAUUAUUGAGCGCUCAAAUACCAGAUCCAGCCUGGCUGAGGUACAGAGCGAGAUUGAGCGCAUCUUUGAACUAGCUCGCUCGCUCCAGCUGGUUGUGUUGGACGCAGACACCAUCAACCAUCCUGCUCAGCUGAUGAAGACUUCACUAGCACCCAUAAUCGUCCAUGUCAAAGUGUCCUCGCCAAAGGUCCUCCAGCGGCUCGUCAAAUCUAGAGGAAAGUCACAGAGUAAACACCUCAAUGUACAGCUCGUAGCCGCAGAUAAACUAGCACAGUGUCCUCCGGAGAUGUUUGACAUCAUCUUGGAUGAGAAUCAGUUGGAAGACGCAUGUGAGCACCUGGCUGAGUAUCUUGAGGCGUACUGGAAGGCAACCCACACCUCCAGCAGUACCCCGCUCAACCCUCUGCUGGGCAGGAACCUCGGCCCCGCUGCCCUGGCCCCUUACACUACGUCUGCUAUAUCCGGCUUGCAGAAUCAGCAGGGGCAAAAAACACUGCAAGCCAACCACACUGGGGACCACUCCACCCCCAACGAACGGCGCAACCUGAUGACCUCAGACGAGAACUACCACAACGAACGAGCGCACAAGGGACGGAACCGAGGCUCCUCUGGCUCGCAGCACGGCGGCAGCGGUCGAGACCACCACUACAUGGAAGAGCAGCAGGGCUACCAGGACCCCUACCAGGACACCUACAAGCCCCACCGCAACCGCAGUUCCCCAGGCAGCUACAGUCAGGACUCACGACACCGGCUCUGAGCCACCCUGCCCCGUUUCGUCCUCCAAGCCUGAGCCACAGAGCCACUGAGCCAAGAUGGCUUCUGUCCAGAAUUGUAUACAUCUUCCAUUACGCUUUCAUUUUGUUAGGGUCUCUUGAGCUACAAAGCAGAAACUGUUUAACCCCUCCUGAACCUUCACCAUCUGACCAAAGCCUGCAUUUACGUCUGCUUAUACAAGGCUCAACGUGUCUGCCUGGGAAAAGGGAACCUUUCAACAUGCAAUGGAGCAGAAAUGUUACAGUUGUUAUGCUUUCACAUGUUAAUAUGCUUGUUGAUUUUUUUGUUUUGCCGAUUCUGUUGCAAAAGGGCAGGUUUUACUUCUACCAAGCAACCAUUUCACUUCAAAACGGAAUGAUUGGUUGGUCCUUAAAAGCAAAUAUUCUGUGAAGCUAGCAAUAGCCGAGAAUCAGAGAGUUGUAAAGGGUGUAUACAGGAUCCCUGAAAACUGAACAAGGAGCUCAGUUAGUCUUUGUCAUUAUUGCCAGCAUGUUACCUGAACGCAUGCUUCCCCUUUCAUUAGUGCAUAACUUGAGCGGACAUAGGAUGAUGUGAAAGUGAAGUGACAUGUGGCCAAGUAUGGUGACCCAUACUUGGAAUUAGUGCUC